CUUCCUCAGUAAUUUUACAGUUUAAUUUUGGCUAUUGAUAUCGAUUCUCCCACACAGCUGGGCUUUUUCUCCGUCUUUUCACAGCUGCGAAGUGCAAGGAAAAACAGGGCAGGACUUGACUUCUUCGACAUGGCAGGGAUAUUCACCUGUUCCUCGAGAUCCACAUCGACAUUGGCCCUUCGAUUGUUGGGCAAACACAGUCCGGCAUCCAGGGUGCCGAAAUCUCGAUUUUCUUCAAACCAAGGUGGAAGAAACAGAGCAGCAGCUUAUGCUCUUGUAUCACAAUCCUGCCACAGCAAGCAGAUUCUCUCGUCGUCUCAAUGGAUAGUUGCCUCUAGAAACAUCCAUUCGUCCAGGAUACUCUGGGAUGAAAUUAAGAUCGUGACAGUUCCUCAAUUUGCUGACUCCAUUUCUGAGGGCGAUGUCAGGUGGGAGAGAGCUGUUGGCGACUCUGUUGUUGAAGAUGAAGUUGUUGCUGAAAUCGAGACUGACAAGACCUCGAUCCCCGUGCCUUCCCCUGGAGCUGGCACCAUCGAAGAGCGCUUUGUUGAAGAUGGCACCACAGUUAAGCCUGGGGAUAAACUUUUCAAGCUGAAGGUUACCGGAGGAGGAGGAGGCGGCGGUAAGGCGGCCGCCAAACCAGCUGCUGCUCCCACUGAAGCCGCUGCUCCUCCGCCUCCACCACCAGUUGCUGCCGCCGCUAUUCCUGUUGCAGCUCCUUCGGCUCCUCCUCCACCUCCACCACCAAAACCAGCCGCCGCUGCUGCGCCCAUGACUUCCAUCCCUGUCGCUGCCAUCAGACACGCUCAGGCUAUUGAGGCCGCUACUGUGAAAUUGCCCCCUGCCGAUCCUACCACUGAAAUCACCGGCACAAGGUCCGAGCAGCGCGUGAAGAUGAACAGGAUGAGACUAAGAAUUGCCCAGAGACUUAAGGAGGCGCAGAACACGAACGCCAUGCUUACCACCUUUAACGAAAUCGAUAUGAGCAAUAUCAUGGAGUUCCGCAAGGCCAACCUGGAUGCCUUCCAGAAGAAACACAACCUGAAACUGGGUUUCAUGUCCGCCUUUGUCAAGGCCAGCGCUUACGCUCUGCAGGAUCAGCCUGUGGUCAAUGCCGUUAUUGACGGCAACGACAUUGUUUACAGAGACUAUGUGGACAUCUCAGUCGCUGUGGCUACUCCUAAAGGCCUGGUUGUGCCUGUCCUGAGAAAUGUCGAGGGCAUGAACUAUGCUGACAUUGAGAGGGCAAUUGCUGCCCUUGGGGAGAAGGCCAGAUCAGGGGCCUUGGCCGUUGAGGACAUGGAUGGAGGCACCUUCACCAUCAGCAAUGGAGGCGUUUUCGGCUCUCUGUUCGGCACCCCCAUCAUCAACCCUCCUCAGUCAGCCAUUUUGGGCAUGCAUGCCAUCUUCGACCGGCCUGUUGCGGUCAAGGGACAGGUUGUAAUCCGACCAAUGAUGUAUGUCGCCCUGACCUACGAUCACAGGCUGGUUGAUGGCCGUGAGGCUGUCACCUUCUUGCGCAAAAUCAAGGCGGCCGUGGAAGACCCACGAAUUCUGUUGCUCGGCUGAGUAGAAGAGAAAUAAUGGAAUCGAUGUUGUAUAGUUUCCUCAUUUCAUUGAAUCCUAUGAAACACCGUUUUAAUUCUAGAAAAAUGUGAGCUUUCCGUUCUGGUGGAGGCUCUGCUACAGUGUAGACGUAACUCUGGACAGUGCAUACCCAUUAUUAUUCGCAAAAUUAUUUUCUUAAUUUCCGUGCAGGCUUUUAUGUUCUUGCCACUUACAAAUUGCUGUUUAUUUUAACCUAUUGGAUCUGCUAGCAAAUUGUCUUCUUGACUUAAUCUUGAGAAAUGACUUCUCUGCACUGUUUUAUAAAGAAAAUGCUCAGUACUUUAAUAGAGGAGCAUUUUCCCUGUUAACUGCCACACCCAAAAUGAAAAGGCAUGCUUUACAAUUGAAAGUCUGAUUGCUUAUGUGUCACCAUCAAAUUCACCUGAAUUAUUUAUGCGUUGAUAUGAUGUGGGUUAUAGUCAGGAAUUCGGACAGGAUGAUCUGAGUAUGUAUUCUUUUGCUGUAAAGUAUGCUCUUUGCAUUAAAUGGAGACGUAACAUCAUUCUACUCUGUUAAAAAAACUGCUGUAUAAUUAUUUUUCUUAACUUAGAGAA